AUGUCUCAUGCAAGGGAACACAGACGAGUCUACCAGGCCUGUGAGCCGUGCAGGGAGAAGAAAGUGCGAUGCGAGUUGGGAUCGGCCGAUUCUCCCAGUAAACCACCGUGUGCGCGAUGUCGGAGAGAGAGCAAAGACUGUUUCUUUUCCGCGUUGCGUUCAAGGAAAAUCGCCAAUCGGAAAUCCCAACCUUCUCCCCGAAAGCCCAGGCCUCAACCUACCACAUUUUCUCCCAAUUCGAUCCUUUUGUCACCCGGCAAUCCAACUCCUACAGAAGAAGACAGUCGACCAUUGCCUGGAGAUGGCCGUGCAACAGCUGCUUUGCUUGAAGGUCAUCCUCGAACCUACCAUGAAGCAUUGACACUGCUGUCGGAGGCUUGUGAGCACAGUGAGGCUCGAAGGGAAUCCACUGAUGGCUCACCAUCCAACCAUCCAAACGCCACCGAAAAUUCCCCCGACUUGCGUCUCGGCAUCCAAAUUGUGCCGACUGCCAAUAGACACACCAAUGAUGCCCUUCGCGCCUGGUCCAACCUACGAUUUGUCCGCGGCGGGCUAUUCACAGCAGAGGAAGCAUUGGACAUGGUUGAUCAUUUCUAUACGUUCCAUUCUGCCUUUUCCCCUGUUGUGCCGGAACACUUCCGAUGUCAUUCCCAGCAUGCAACGUUGAUUGAGGAGGAACCCGUUUUGACAAUCACCAUGUUGAUGAUAGGGUCGAGGUAUCGAAAAUGGGAGGGACCCGCCGCAGUUGCGCGUUCUUAUAUUGUUCACGAUCGAAUUUGGAGAUAUUUACAAGGAAUGAUUUCGCGAUUAACUUGGUCGGAGGACCUGUUCGUUGGGGAAUUUCCUUCGCUCAACGGGCCGCGUCCGGCAUAUACAGACAGUUGGUCACAUGGGUUCCGCACAUUGGGAACUUGCGAAGCAUUGUUAUUGUUGCUAGAUUGGCAUCCGCGUGCUCUUCACUUUCCGCCACCUGAUGAUGAUAUGUCUUCAAUCAUAAUUCCCGAGACCAAAAAAAUGCGAGACAAUGCUAAUCGCCUAUGCCAAUCCAUGCUUUCCACUGUUUUGAUGCUGGCAGCUGAGAUGGGUAUCUUCUCAGAGGAUAAUUCUCUUUGGCAAAAUGAAGCUGAACACGAUAAUUUGAACAUCGCUCGUGAAUAUGAGAGAUUCCACCGUAUUCGGUGCUUGAUAUGGGUUUACGCGACCCAACAGCCAGGCCGACCAGGGCGAAGAAAUCCGACACAAUGCACUCCCAUCGAAAGCCCCGACGUUAGGAAUGAUGAUGCGACUGAAUGCUGGAUGCGCGUCGCAACAAUCAUGAAGAAUGCAAACGACCUUCUCUUUCCGUCGCCAAAGUAUACACGUGACAUCAUUCGUAACGGGGACUACCUUCAGAUUGUUCGGGGCCUUGAACCAUCUCUAAAUGAAGCACUCGUUCAAUUUGACCACGCAAAGUUGGCCAAGCAGACCCGGUAUAUCCUUAACAUUGAAUACGAAUAUGCCCAGCUCUGCAUGUUCAGCCUCGCUUUACAAGCUGCAAUCAGUCGAAGCUCUCAUGGUCGUGCAAAUGGCACACCGGGACGCUUGUUUCAGGGUCCCUCAACGGAAGAAGAGAAGCAUCUCAGGAGGACUGUUAAGGCCUCUCGAACUGUACUUAGAACAGUGCUUGACGACCUACUCCCUCAUGGGAGUUUGAAGUAUAUUCCCGUGCGAUCAUACUCCAGGAUUCUCGGUGCAACUUUGCUCCUUCUCAAGUGCUGCGCUGCCAACAUUAGUGAGAUCAAUAUACCCACGUCUCUCGAUCUGGUUCGCCAAGUCGCUCUUGGUCUCCGCAACUCUGUAGUCGAUGAUACCCACUUGAGUAGUCGUUGGGGCGAUCUGCUCGAAUCCCUCGCCAAUAGAUUGGAGUCCGGUCUCGCCCAACCAGCUAUGCCCAAAGCGUCUGGUAUGAAAUUUCCAUCCGAAACAUCUCGGGCCACCGAUGAAAUACAACCAUCGACGAUAAACCAUACCUCUCAAGAUCCACAGGCAAAUGCCGCCCUUGCAUACAACGAUCUCCCGGAUGUCAACCCCUCCGGAGAUGCUAAGCGUGACACACAGUUUGAUGCCUGGUCAAUGUGGUGGGAUGAUCAAUUCACCCAGGUGAACCUCAAUUAUAUGCCAUGGUUUCCCACUUUGGGGCUCGUGGGUGGAAGUGAUCAUCAAUUCUCCAGCGAUGCAGCUGAUUGUGUCUUUGAAAGUUAG